AUGACGAAAACGAAAACGCGUAUGAGUAUAAACGGACGAACUUCAUUGCAAAAGCCUAUUACUCGCUCUUCUACUAUUAAAAAACAGACCGCUGUAGAGUCUGAUUCUCGAUCAAAUUUAACUGAGAUUGCUCGACCGAAACGCGGACGGAAGCCAAAAAAUACAAUAGUUUCAGCUACAGUUAACUUAUCUGAAAAUGCUAAUGAAACAACGGUUCCGAAACGCGGUCGUAAACGAAAGGCAGCAGUCAUAGAAGAUAAUAUCACAGCUGAACAAGCAACGGGUAGCGAUCAAAAAACGAAUGAAAAGGUAAUAGAAGAAAAACCUUCUAAACGUGGACGUAAAAAUAAAGAGUUAACAGCACAGACAGAAUCUGUUAAAGAACCCGCUAUCACUAAUAAAGAGGAAGCUCCUGAUCUUUGUGAUAAAACUGAUACUGAAAACAAUGAUGUUGAGGAACCAAAGAAUGCGCCAAAACCCGAAAAACCUCUUGUAGAGAAACGGUUAGCUCGUUUCAGACACGUCUGUCCUGCUCCUAUUCAUGAUCGUAUUUAUCGCGCUGAAUCACAACGUAUGUACAUGGUUAGUCGAUCUACAAUUGACGAAUUAAAACAAGAAUUUGCUAUCUUGGGUUCAACUGGAAACGUUUACACUGUCACGAUUUCACAUUUGCCGAACUGCACUUGCCCAGAUUUCAUGAAGCGCAAUCUUUGUAAACAUAUUAUUUUUGUUUAUCUAAGAGUUUUACGCUUAAAGCGAGAAAGCCCCUAUAUAUAUCAAAAGGCGCUCUUAUCUGAAGAACUACUUUCAAUCUUUGCGAAUGCUGCGCCAGACCCGACUAUUUUGGCUAGCCAGAAAGUUCGUGAACAUUAUAAAGUGCUUACUACAGGAGAGAGUUCUCAAUCAUCUGCUGAAAGUAGCACGGAUGAGAAACGCCGGCCAAUCGAAGGAGAUUGCCCUAUCUGCUAUGAACCUUUGGAAGAAAAGGAUCGCGAUAAUAUCGUAUGGUGCCAAGAAGGUUGCGGAAACAACCUUCACAAGGAUUGCUUCGAGCAAUGGAAGAAAUCAAAACGUGGUGGGAGCGGAAAAGUUACUUGCGUUUAUUGUCGAGGCGAGUGGGUAGAAGAUUCUACCGCUUCCGGAAACGGUUUAGUAAACGAAGAAGGUUAUGUUAACUUUGGAGGUAUCCAAGGAAUGAGCAAUAUACGGGGUAAAACAUCAAAUGUUUUCAUCAAACAAACACUUCAACCUACUACAAAUCUAAUCGAUUUUUGCGGCGAUCUUGGUAUUAAGAGCAAAAUUAUAAGUUUGGCCAA